AUGUCAUACUGCCAAGGGACAUUGGGAACAGUUGAACCAGGUACCCCGGGCGGCACACGCAAUGUAACUGAGUGUUCGGACCGCCAAAUACUCUUCUCGUUUGAUCCUACCGAAGACUGGACCGAUAUCACACAUGGCCCGACAUUAGAAUGGCCGCGUGUGAUCAGCGAUGACUUUCAUGCUUUCCGACUGACUACCCAGUCAAUGGCCGUGCUAUAUUGCAUCGGUGUGAGUGCCAUAGGAGCCGUACUCCUAGCCCGGGUGGCAUCCUUUAUCGCGCAUAGGGCCCAGCAGGGACUAUUUGAGUUUGGGUUCCUAGUGCUCGGAUCCCUCAGUAUGAGUAUAGCGUCUAUUAUUGCCACGGUUGUCGCCUUUGAAUUCGUGGCUUUGAUUAAUGCCCACGGGGAUGGGUCGAACGUUUCGGCUAGAUACGGCGACAAGUUCCUCGGUAUGACUUGGGCUGCGGCUGGCCUACUUCUGGCGGGGAGUAUCGCUAGUUUCGUUAAUGUCUUUGUCCGGGCGCCAGUGGAGGAAGAGCCUAUGGUUGUCUCCAAAGAUGAGGAAGAGGGCUAA